AAGGAACCUGAGCAGGAAGAGCGGCUGCGAGGCGGCGGUGAGGCGGUGGCAGCGGCUUAGUUGGUCGCGGCGACCGCGACGGCUCUCGACCUCGGAGAACAGAAUGCAGGUCCGCUUCGGGCUGACGCUGCUGCUCUGCACGGUGCUCCUGAGCUCGGCGGCCGCGUCCACGGAUGACGAAAAUAACCAGGAUGAAUCCAUAGAUUCCAAGAGUUCUUUGCCAGCAGAUGAGUCAGUGAAGGACCACACCACCACAGGGAGAGUGGUUGCUGGGCAGAUAUUUGUUGAUUCUGAGGAACCAGAGGUGGAGUCCCCUCUUCAGGAUGAGGAAGAGGGCCCCAAGACAGAGGAGGAAGUCACUGCCACCGAAGAAAUCAGCUUUGUAGACUCUCCAAGUCUAAGCAGCAAGAUCUAUGAGGAAGCAAAGAGAGCCCGGAAGCCAGUUUUGACUGCCAUUGAAGGUACGGCGCAUGGGGAGCCCUGCCACUUCCCUUUCCUUUUCCUGGAGAAGGAGUAUGAUGAGUGCACGUCGGAUGGGAGGGAGGACGGCAGAUUGUGGUGCGCCACCACCUACGACUACAAGACAGAUGAGAAGUGGGGCUUCUGCGAAACUGAAGAAGAUGCUGCGAGAAGACGGCAGAUGCAGGAAGCAGAGAUGGUUUAUCAGGCUGGGAUGAAGAUUCUGAAUGGGAGCAAUCGGAAGAGCCAGAAGAGAGAAGCGUAUCGGUAUCUUCAAAAGGCAGCAGGCAUGAAUCACACCAAAGCCCUGGAGAGAGUGUCCUAUGCUCUUCUGUUUGGUGAUUACCUCACACAGAAUAUCCCAGCAGCUAAAGAGAUGUUUGAGAAACUGACUGAGGAAGGUUCUCCUAAAGGACAAACUGCUCUUGGCUUUCUCUAUGCCUCUGGACUUGGUGUUAAUUCAAGUCAGGCAAAGGCUCUUGUAUAUUAUACUUUUGGAGCUCUUGGAGGCAAUCUCAUAGCCCACAUGGUUUUGGGUUACCGCUACUGGGCCGGCAUUGGAGUCCUCCAGAGUUGUGAGUCGGCACUGACCCAUUAUCGCCUUGUUGCCAAUCAUGUUGCCAGCGAUAUCUCCCUAACUGGAGGCUCUGUGGUCCAGAGGAUACGGCUGCCUGAUGAAGUGGAAAACCCAGGGAUGAACAGUGGGAUGCUGGAAGAAGAUUUGAUCCAGUAUUACCAGUUCCUAGCUGAGAAGGGGGAUGUCCAAGCACAGGUUGGUCUGGGACAGCUGCAUCUACAUGGAGGGCGUGGAGUAGAACAGAAUCACCAGAGAGCGUUUGACUACUUCAACUUAGCAGCAAAUGCUGGUAAUUCCCAUGCGAUGGCCUUCCUGGGAAAGAUGUAUUCUGAAGGAAGUGAUGUCGUACCUCAGAGCAAUGAGACAGCACUUCACUACUUCAAGAAAGCCGCUGACAUGGGCAACCCUGUGGGACAGAGCGGGCUUGGAAUGGCCUACCUCUAUGGACGAGGAGUUCAAGUUAAUUAUGACCUGGCACUCAAGUAUUUCCAGAAAGCUGCUGAACAAGGCUGGGUGGAUGGGCAGCUGCAGCUUGGCUCUAUGUACUAUAAUGGCAUUGGAGUCAAGAGAGAUUAUAAACAGGCCUUGAAGUAUUUUAAUUUAGCUUCUCAAGGAGGCCAUAUCUUGGCUUUCUAUAACCUAGCACAGAUGCAUGCCAGCGGCACAGGGGUGAUGAGAUCCUGUCACACUGCGGUGGAGUUGUUUAAGAAUGUGUGUGAGCGAGGCCGCUGGUCAGAGAGGCUCAUGACUGCCUACAACAGCUAUAAAGACGGGGACUACAAUGCCGCAGUGAUCCAGUACCUCCUGCUGGCCGAACAGGGCUAUGAGGUGGCACAAAGCAACGCAGCCUUCAUCCUUGACCAGAGGGAAGCAACCAUUGUAGGUGAGAAUGAAACUUACCCCAGAGCGUUGCUGCAUUGGAACAGGGCCGCCUCACAAGGUUAUACUGUGGCCCGAAUUAAACUUGGAGACUACCAUUUCUAUGGAUUUGGCACUGAUGUGGAUUACGAGACUGCAUUUAUUCAUUACCGCUUGGCUUCUGAGCAGCAGCACAGUGCCCAAGCUAUGUUUAACCUGGGCUACAUGCAUGAGAAGGGCCUAGGCAUUAAACAGGAUAUUCACCUUGCAAAACGCUUUUAUGACAUGGCAGCCGAGGCUAGCCCAGAUGCACAAGUUCCUGUCUUCCUUGCACUCUGCAAAUUGGGUGUCGUCUAUUUCUUACAGUACAUACGGGAAGCAAAUAUUCGAGAUAUAUUUACCCAUCUGGAUAUGGACCAGCUUUUGGGACCCGAGUGGGACCUUUACCUCAUGACCAUCAUCGCGCUGCUGUUGGGUACAGUCAUAGCUUACAGGCAGAGACAGCACCAGGAUAUACCAGUACCCAGGCCCCCAGGUCCGCGACCAGCUCCUCCCCAGCAGGAAGGACCGCCAGAGCAGCAGCCGCCACAGUAGCAGCCACACGCCCUCCUGGGUCCAUGACCACGAGGGAACUGCUUGCUGAGAACACUUGCAUUUGAUGUAGGGCUCUGGAAGAGGCUCGAAGAAGCAUGGGGUCCCAGAAGCUGCUUAGAGCCCGCUGCCUUCCUUUUCAGGGACGAGUAGCUCCCGCUGGAGCUACACUGAAUGUUUGCUUCAGUGCCAUAUGGAAUGACAACUCUCAGUGGCUUUCCUUCCUCCUUCUUUUCCUCUCCUUGUUCUGGAAUCAUAAGACACUCAAGUCAUGUCUGCUGUGCCCACCUGUCUCUCCUGAAAGCGUCCUUUUGUCACCCUGUGCGCGCGUGAGUUAUCACAUCAGUGUCUUCUCGGGUCCCAAGCCUUGACAACCUGGGAAAACUCAGUUAGUUGCAAGUUUAACCAUAAAAACAUGCUUAAGUCUGAGAAUAGAACUUGCCUUUAAGUCAAAAACAGAACAAGCCAAACAAGGCGUCUUCAGGGUGUUUGGGAAAGUUUACCAGCCUACAUGCAAGUACACAUAUAUGGCACUUUCUGUAUUAAAAGGGAUUAUUGAGCGGUUUCAUGUCCUGGCAGCUGCGACACUUCAGAACAGACUUCCUUGAAGACUGAAAGGCUUUGCUAAAGCAUUCUUUGUGAACGUCACUUCUUGUAAUGGAAUAGAAGUAAAACUCAGUGAAUUGACUCCUUGCACUCACAUAGGAAUUUGCCCCUGCUCCUCAGUGUGAUUUGCUUAUUGGGUGAGUGUGCAGAGUGGUCCAGAAGCCAGAGGACGGACUCAGUGGAGGAAUCGGAAAACAGCCUUAACCGACUUCGGGGGGGGGGAUGAGACACACCCUCCCACAAGCUGACACCCUGCUUCCCAGGUUUCGUUUUACUUUUCAUUUCUUACUGUACAGAGAACAGAGAACUCUCUGAAAAUCUUCAGAUGUGAAAUUCUAGUUUCAAGAUCUGUCGGGCAGUCACUUCCCUUGUAAUACUAAAACUCAGAUCAUUAAGGAUGAGUUAGACCCAGUACAUGGCGAAAACCAAGGCCUAGGUGUGCCGUUCUGUGUGCUCCGGUAGCUUCUUGUUUCUGACAGUCUUGUGUGGCUGUCAUGGUACCGCCCUGCUGUUAUAAACGUGAGGAAAUCGAGGCUGUCACACUUGAGCAUUUCCUGCUAUGGUUGAUGUACAAACAGUGAGCCUUGAGAACGUCACGUAGUCACCCAUAUGAAGGAAUUAAAGCUGAGGCUGACUUUGGGGUCUGAGUAAGCUCAGAUGGCAGCAGCCAGCACCCCAAAGGGAGCUGACACUAGCCUGCUGAUGUCACCUUUCCACUUUUCUGCCAUCCCUGUCCACCAUGAGACCUGUGGAGUGUGUAAUGCUUUGGGUUGGGAUCCUCAUCAGAACUUGGUUUAGUUCAUCUCUAAUGGACAUGAAGGCUUUCAUGUGAAGUUGUGUACUUUCGUGUGUGCUGACGGUAUUAUGGGAUACCUGGUAAGCAAACUCUUCUCCAAGAUACUUGCCUCCAAAUUUGAGGAGGUGGCGACAGAGAAGCCAUAUGCAUAAAAGAAGAUCUUUUGAGAAGCAUCAAGUGUUUCUCUCAAAUAUGUAAUGUUGCUUUGGGCAGCGCCUAUAAAUACUAGGGCUUAUUUGGUGUCCUGCACUUAAAGAUUAGGUGGUGAGUGGUACAGUAAAUGGGCUGUCACUGGGGCUGGCGCUGCUGCCUCCUCCUCCCAGCCCCACCCCAAGCCCAGCGUAACCCAUGGUGACAGAACUUAGAAGGCCCUGUUUGGAGUUAUUUAGGGGAACUGGGUACAGUGGUGGACCAGUAGUCCCAGUUCCUUGUGGGGCUAAGGGAGGGAAAUCACUUUAGGCCAGGAGUUCAAGGCAACAAAACAAGACCCAGUCUCUAAAAUUAAAUAGUUGGGAAACUCUCUAAAGUGACUGUGACUGCUAUGGUUGUCCUGUGCCACCCACCUAACAGCUCCUUGGACAACAGCAAUUUUCCCUCAGAGAGAACCUGGAGAAAAUACUUCUUAAGCUAGCAUACACUACCUAAGGCUGGAUGGGUCAGUGUGGUCUUGUCCCUCAUGCAGCGGACUUACCCCUUGCUGCCCUCUGUUGUUAAGAUUGCACAUGUUUUCCCUUGGCUUGUUAACACCUUCUCUUUCCAGCCUGGGUCAUUUGCACCCAGAAAUCUGGAUACCAUGUGUAAAAUAAUUCAAUUCUUACGGCUUAUUUCAAAGACGAUCUCAAAACGCUUUGCUCCUGCUCUCUUUCUGCUCAAGGCACAUGAUACCUAAGCAAAUAGGAAUUGGGUUUGGUGUUUCUCUUUAAAAUAAUGCACAGUUCUUACUAAUGGCAUCCAUUUGAAUCAAGUGGCAGUAAAGCUAGUUAAUGUCAGUGACAUUAAGCCAACUCCAGGAUUCAGGAGUUUUAGCAUUAGGGUUUAGAUUUCCAGAUAGAGCGUGGCUUCCUUGCUCCCUGUAGCCCACCCCUCCUGCCCCCUUUUGUGGUGUCUGUCCUGUUCUCUGCUCAUUCCCUAUUCCCCUGUGUGCCUGCCCCUUUGGGUAGCCAGCUGUUUCGGAGUCUCGACACCACAAGUUUUACUUCAGUGGUGUUUUACAAAGGUAAAGUUUUUCUUUUUGUGUUUGAAGUUUUUGUUUCUGAUUUCUGGGAUUUUUUUAGUUACUAACUGAUAGCACAAAAAAUAAGGUAAAUCAAAGGCUGUUUUUUUUUCAAAAAUUUAUUAACACUUAAACCAGAUUAAUGUAAAAAUACAAGUCCUAAAUCUUGAUAUUCUUGAAGGUUUGUUAUUCUUCUAAAUAUAAGAUUAAUUUCUGGCCAUCUUUCCACUCCCCUGUCUUGUCUCUACCCUGAGAGGCACUGGAGACCUCCUUCAGGAAUCUGGUAAUGAGCCCAUGACUGGCUGUUCUAGACAUAGAAUUCUGGUUUUGUUCGACUGGUUGGUUGGGUUUUUUUCCUCCCUUCUCUGCUCCUCAUGUUUGCUCUUUAGUGCUUGGGAGCAGGCAUGUAGGCUUCCAAAAACGGACCUCAGCUCUUCGUGUGUGUGGCAUGUGCACCAUUGUCUAAUUCCAUGUGCGCAACCUUCCUCUGCAGGGAUUUGGACUGGCAGGACUCUUCUGGUGGCCCACUCCCUGUCAAGACAGCUGAUGUUUGGCAGGGACUCUAAAGUCUAAAUAUUAUGGCCAGAGUUGUGCAGGAAAUAAUCAGAGCAAAAGAAAACUAUUUUAUGCAAAAAAAUAUAUUCUCCUCAGUUACUGAGAAAGAAAUGUUCCUGGAUGCUGUGUUGUCUGGUUUUUAAAUGGGUAAUGUUCUUUGAGAAGAAGCCAAGUGUCUCUACCCACUAGGGAUUUCAAGAAAAUUUGAAAUAACCCCAUAUACCAAUGAUUUGUAUCUUAACGAGACUGUUUACACAUUUAGAAAACUGAUUUUGUAUACAUAAGAAGGGUCCUUUGGUUAUGUGCAGGGAGCCGUUCAGAUGCGCUAUCUUUACUAUUUAUUGACGAGCAACCUGACACUAUUUCCCUUUUAUUUAAAAGAACAAUGUUGACAUGAUCAAAGCAUGACCACAAUAAAUUUUGAGGGAGGUUUUAAAGAGCAUAAGCUGGCAUUGUGAAGGAACACCAUAGUAGACGUUUGUAAAUUUAUUUUGUAUUUAAUGGAAUGCAGUAUAAAGGCUGGUGAAGUGUAUUAUAAUUGUGUAAACAAAUCCUGUUAAUAGAGAGAUGUACAGAUUCGUUUUGUACUGUAUCUUGAAACUUGUGAAAUAAAGAUCCCACCUCUGGUUA